UCUGCUUUCUCUAUCAUGUGUUUGUAUAACAGAAAAGCCAGGAGUGUGUCCAAAAACCAAUCCUGAAGAUGACAUGAUAGGAGCGUGUGUUGAGUUGUGUUCCCAAGAUGGUGACUGUCCGAAUGAUGAGAAAUGCUGCAGCAAUGGGUGUGGACAUCAUUGUAUGUCUCCAUAUAAAGAAAAGCCAGGAGUGUGUCCAAGCAGUAACCUAGGAGCGUGUGCUGAGAUGUGUUUCCAAGAUGGUGACUGUCCGAAUGAUGAGAAAUGCUGCAGCAAUGGAUGUGGACAUCAGUGUAUGGCUGUAUCUAAAGUAAAGCCAGGAGUGUGUCCAAGGAGAUUCCUUGGAGUAGGAUUGUGUAAAGGGUUGUGUGUCAAUGACAUUGACUGUCCGAAAGAUGAAAAAUGCUGCAGUACUAAAUGUGGACGCAAAUGUACACAUCCAUAUAAAGUGAGGCCUGGUCUAUGUCUCAAACCAAAUGUGUGCUGAUAACUCUUCCCAUGAUCCGUAUCCUGCCAGACAGAAGUGUUGCCCAACCACCAGUGCAUGCAGCUAACCAUGCCAGUUUAACCAUCGGGAAAAAGUCCUCGAUUGUUGGUUUUUUUUUUUUUUUUUU